AUGGCGGAGGAAGAGACAGAAAAGGAAUACAACACAAGGGAAGAGAUUGUGGCCCUCAGAAAACGAUUUCAGAAUUUGACCACAACACUAAAAGAAAGUUCACAAUCGGCAUUAGACGCCACUUCAAGUUUUUGCCACGACUUUUGCCAGGUGCUGGUGGAGCAUGGAGGCCAGUGGAAGCCUGAAGAAGAUCCAUUCCCUGUACUGGAGAUGUACACAGUGGCCAUACUUAACUAUGCUGAGGCCCUCCCCUCUCUCUCUGCUGAAUGUGAACAUGUCUCAGUUGUACUUGAGAAGUUAGCAUUGAGCUGUCUGGAUCUUCUACUCUCGCUCUCAGAGCAAGUCCCAGGUGCCUUAUGGGAAAAAUUUCAGUCCUCUGUCAAGACUGCACAUGGUAUUCUGCAGCAGAAUGGGAAUUCACAGCUUCACACAUUGUCAACUCUGGCUGAGGAAAGUGGUGUUUGGACCAAUACCACUCUGUGCAGCAUCCUGUCAGGCAACUCACCAGAUACUGACAAAGUUCAUGAACUUUUGGCAUGGGAAGGACCCGUACUGCUUGAUAUGCGUAUAAAACACCUUCUCAAACAGAAAAGUGUCGACAAAGCAGUGGCGCUCGCAAAGGUCUGUUCAGACUAUCCAGAGUUUAUGGGAAAGAAGAACUUCAAACAAAUCUACCUCGUUUGUUUGUCUGAGACCAAGUCACAAGAGGAGCUUAUGCAAGAGAUUGCGCAGGUGGACUGUAAAGAUGCUCUGGAUAUGAUUUGUAACUUGGAGUCUGAUGGAGAUGAGAAGGGAGCCCUCAGUCUUUGCACUGCGUUUUUCAAGCGGCAGCUUGCCCAGGGAGAUGUGUAUUGUGCAUGGGAGCUCACACUGUUCUGGAGCAAGCUUUUGAUUCGACUUGAAUCAGUGCAGUCUUUUUUGGAUCAAUGCCGGCUGUUGGCACGUCUCUCUGGGAGUGUGUACCACAUUCUUCUCCUCAUCAAGGUUAUUCAAGAAGAGGUUGGAGCUGAUGGCCUUCCUUUGUGCAUUGAAAUGUGCAUUCGUGCACUGCAGAUGGGAAUCAGCGGCAGUGAGGACUACAAUUCUACUAUCUGUAAAACCAUCUCUUGCUUGCUGCCAGCUGACUUGGAGGUGAAACGGGCUUGCCAACUAACAGAGUUCCUUGUUAAGCCAACUGUGGACUCAUACUAUGCUGUUGAGACACUGUUUAAUGAACCUGACCAGAAGUUGGAGGAGGAAAGUCUCCCAAUCCCAAAUUCUCUACGCUGUGACCUGUUACUGGCCUUGAAGACACAGUGGCCUUUUGAUCCCGAGUUCUGGGAUUGGAGAACUCUAAAGCGUCAAUGCCUUUCAUUGAUGGGCGAGGAGGCAUCAAUUGUACUGUCCAUUGACAAACUCAAUGAUAGUGAGGACGUUGAAGAUGAUGAGAAAGGUUUAAAAGAGUUGGAUUUUAUUUUGAACCCCACCAAUGAACUUGAUGACUCUGAAGCUGAGAAACAGAAAAAAAGGGAAAUGAAGAAAUUGAGAGAGAAAGGGUUUGUUUCUGCUAGAUUUCGCAACUGGCAAGCCUACAUGCAGUAUUGUGUGUUGUGUGAUAAGGAGUUUCUUGGUCAUAGAAUUGUAAAACAUGCAUUGAAACAUGUCCAAGAUGGGAUCUUUCGUUGCCCGAUAUGUGCUAAAACUUUUGAGGCAAAAACGAUUCUUGAGCCACAUGUAGCGUCACAUGUAAAACAGUCUUGUAAAGAACGACUAGCUGCAAUGAAAGCAAGUAAGAAGACACAGAAUCCCUCAAAACCUUCAGUAACAGAGUGUAAGAGCAAUGCAGUCCAACAGCAACAGAACACAACCAUCGUAAAAGAGAACUCUAAAACAAAAUCCUGCCCAAACAACGUAAGUCCUUCAGACUCAAAUUUCAGCUCUGCUACAACUGUUACGCCGUCUCCCCCAAAACGUGUGCAUACUACACGACAGGAAGAAAAAACUGAGGACUGUUCCUGUCCGGUUACAAGCUGUCAAAAGGUUUUCAAGUACUUCAGAAAUUUAGUCGCCCAUGUGAAAGCUCAUAAAAACGAUGAGGAGGCGAAACGUUUCCUCGAGAUACAGUGCCAAAAGGUAGUUUGUCAGUAUUGUCGCAGACAGUUUGUCAAUGUCACUCACCUUAACGACCAUUUGCAGAUGCACUGUGGCACCAAGCCGUACUGUUGCAUCCAGCUGGGUUGCAAAGCCAGCUUCCAUUCUCAUGCUGAGCUCCUCAUGCACAGGAAAGUGCAUACAGAGUUUCAGGCACAAUGCAUGUUCCCGAAUUGUGGGAAAGUAUUUAGUGAGGCUUACCAGUUGUACGAUCAUGAAGCACAGCACUACAUUAUGUUCACUUGCAAAAACCCAAAUUGUGGUAAAAUAUUUUACUCCCAGUCUCAACUGAAUCUACAUCAGAGUGAACAUGUGAAAAAUGAAGUAGCAGGCACGUUCCAGAGUCAAACAGAACUACCACUACAGGGCUCCCUGGUUCAUGAAUAUUCAUCCAACCAAAUAUAUGAUGUUCCUAGAGAAAGCAGCCCACUGAAAAUUAAACACUCAGUUGAGAGCAUGCUGAACUCUGGUCAAGAUUCUACAGUGGAGCUUAAUCAAGUUGAAUCAGGCACUACUAAACAACCAGUUGCAGAUCACCAAUCUCAGACUGGUGAAGUUUCUGUUACUGAGCCUAAACAGGGAUCUGAGACCUCCAGAUUAACUUCGUCAUGCCUGAACAGGGUGAAGAAUUCUACAGAGUACUCAAUUAUACCAUGUUAUGUGAAAGUUGAGCCAAUUCCUAUAAAUUGUCAUGAUCCCAUUUUUUUAAAUGCUGCACGGAGCUCUGACUCUUUAGUUCAGACACUUAUACAAGAUAAGAAGUUGUAUUCCUGCAUGUGGAAUAACUCCGCGGAGAAAACAAACAAAAAUGAGCCUGCAAAUCAUGUAGGGAAAACUGAUGGAGAUGAAGCCCCACAAACGCACUCCAUGCAAAGCAGUACAACUAACAUUAAUAAUAACGCUCACGUCUGUCCAUUUGAGAAAUGCACACGUCAGUACAGUACCUCAAAAAGUCUGUCAAGGCAUGUUAAAAAUGUGCAUUCAGAAGCUUAUGAAGGAUGGAAAUUGUCAAAGAAGUACAAACGGAUUGCUGAGAUUGCUGCACGGAAAGUUUCCGCCGUUCAGAAAACUUCCGGUUUUCAGACUCCAAAUAAAGGGAAGAACACAUCUGGUGAUGGACCGCCUCAGCAGGACACAGGCAUUAGGCCUUUGGAAUAUCAGGUGGACUCAACCGUGUCAGGUUCACUUGCGAAUUCUGUUCCCGCCAGCUUUCAGCCCUUCGGUGACAAAUUUUGCCCACCAUUUGAAAGCCCACAUAAUGCGACAACAUCAAAUCAUUGUGGACUAAUGCGAGCAGAAAUGCCUUCACCGUGGGCCUCGUCUGCUCUUAAUAACUGCAAUUCAGAUUUUGCUCAAGAGAAUCACUAUCCCUUGAUGACCUUAACUGACCACAUGCAGACCUAUCAACCAUACCACUCUGAAAACUCCACCAGUUUCCAAAGAGACAUGGAGUAUACGCAAAUCUCUGCUGAUGAUGACCGGAUUUUACCCACAAUGAACUCUGAUUCCAGCGUGAUGAAUGAGGCAUCUAAAUAUGUCUCUAGUUCCCUGAGGGUACUGCAUGCACUCAAUGUAGAUCAGCCCUAUCAGAUACCACAUGCAGAAACAACUGAAGGUACUGUUUAUACCCAAAUUAGGGAAAAUACAAGUAUGAUCUCUCACAACAGCAGUUUGCUGCCUUCUGGAACUGUGUCAGAGCAAGGGCUUAAUCCAUAUCUUCCAACUCUGUCAGCAGAGGCAAAUCCUAUUGCAGUACAAGAACUUAGCUUAACAAACAAAGCAGUGACUACUGAGCAUACCAACUCGGUGCUCUCGUCAGAUGUAAAGAACAUCACCCACCUUGCAUCACUCACCUGUAAGGAGGAACCAGAAAGUGAUGCUGGAGAGAUGCCUAAUUCAGAUGGUCACAGAGAUUUUACAUAUAAAGAGGCUUCACAGUCAGAAACACAGACUGUGCCUCUUGAAGAUAAGAAGAGUACAAGUUCUGAUGAAACAAAGAAAGCAAAAAAAAUCAGGUCAUCCAAGAGGACAAAAUGGCCGGCCAUAAUAAAGGAUGGGAAAGUCAUCUGUUGCAGGUGUUACAGGGAAUUUUCAAGUACAAAAUCCCUUGGAGGUCACCUAUCAAAGCGUUCACAGUGCAAACCAAUUGAUGAAGUUGACCUUACUGCCGACUUACCGGUAUCAUUUCUUGACUUUCUCAAUGCGCCAGAUGUUACAGAUGUGCUUCCCCAGGCUGUCUCGAGAAAUAAAAGGCUCAGCCAAAGUUCUGAUUCAGCCACAUAUCAGCAAUCAGAAUCCAAGCUGUUUCACAAUGACAGUUUUAACGAGUUGUAUAGCCCUAAUUUCGACGUGGAAAAUUGUAAUCUCCCUUCUUCCGACCUGUCUAAGACAACACUCCAUGAAUCUGAAAAGAAGGAUGGAUGUUCUUCAGCUAAUAAUCCUUUAAGACCCAGCCUGAGUAGCUCUUCUGCUCACCCUGAUACACAGACAGGAGACAAUGAAACCGCUUCUGUGACCCCUGGGGAGGAUGGAAUAAUUUUAGAGAUUCAGAAGGCCCUCCAGCGUCUGGACUUGGUUGAUGCAUCACCUCAGGAGAUGCCAGAUAAGAAUGCCGCCCUUGCUACUUUCACCUCUGAUGCUGAGCGGUCACAUGAUCAGUGUCGUGAUACUAAAGUUGAUGGAGAAAGUCAAAAGCAACAAAAUGUCUCAAAACCAUUCAGGUGUGAUGCAGAAGGUUGUCUCUAUGGAGCAAUGACAAAAGAAGCUCUGUUCAAACACCUAUAUCGGGUUCAUAAUUACAAUGAUGACAUGAUAAAUGAACUGAAGAAGAAUCCUGAUCGAUUUACUCCGUAUCGUUGUCAUCUUUGUUUGAAAACAUUUACGAGAACAACAGGCCUCAGAAUUCAUUACAAAAAUGUCCACCGCAUGUCGAAAGAGGAGUUGGACAAGUUGAAAAUAGGUUGGAAUUGUAAGAAGGUGGAGAAGUCUUCAACUGAGGCAGAACAAGCAAAUAACAGUUCCAACCAUCCGAUCACAUCUUUGCCAUGUCCAUCGUCAAAUUUGGAGAUGAAUGCAGUACCAAAUGAUGUUUCAGCAGGGGGAGAUGUUUGUGACCGACAAACCGCCCUCAGAGAAACAGAAGUGGAUGUCAGUCUGGCUGCAAAUGAUGCUCCUACACAAUCUCUGAGUUCAAAUUUAGAUGUUUCUUCUCCAGUGAAGAUCACAACAGGUCAGGAAAACCCAUCAGUACUGAGCACUUGCAAUUCUGAUCAUGACCCAGAUACACAGAAUGCAUCUGGUGAUGUUCCAGAACAGGUAGUGGAAAGCCCCUGUCCCUCAGGAACUAUAGGCACUGGCUGUGACAAAAUCUCUCCAGAAAAAAAGGACAGGCCAAAAAAGAUCAAUAUGAAAGUGGAGUCUGAUGUCCAGAAGAGAGAAAAGACUCAGAAAAAAAGUAGUCUGAAAGCAGACUCCAUUGAUACAAACGAUGCCGUCAGUCCAUACAGGCCAUAUCGAUGUGUACAUGAAGGGUGUGUGGCUGCUUUUUCAAUUCAACAGAAUCUUAUCCUCCAUUAUAGGGCUAUGCAUCAGUCAGACAGAGAUGAUGAAAUUGGUGUUGGAAAUGAUCAAUCUGACGGAGCAACCCAGGAAUUCAAAUGUCAGGUCAAAGACUGUUCAAAGGUGCUCUCUAAAGUUCCCAGCUUGUUGAAGCAUUAUUUAAUACUUCACAGAUGCACAUUGGAGAAGGCAAGUGCUCUGGUGUCUGGAAUUGAAUUAGGCACGUUCCAGUGUGAUCAGUCCAAAUGUUCAGCAACUUUCACUUCUCACUUGAAAUACAUUGACCACAUUAAAAAUGAUCACAAGGCAAUAAGAAUUUCAGAGGAUGGUGACUUUGAAACUGUGGACGUUACGUUUCAGUGUGAAUGGGAGGGCUGUGACCGGAUCUACACUACUAAAUCAAAUCUUCUGCGACACCUCAUGAAAAAGCAUCAUGCAACGUUUGAAACUGUUCCAGAGAAACAGAAAAAUGGUGAGGAGAGUGAACCCCUGAUGAUGAAAUUGAAGCCAACAGGUGUGAAUCCGAACAAUGGUAAGGAAAAUAUAGCGAAUAGCAAAUUCAAAAUGAAGAAAAAAAACCCAAAGAAAAAAGAAGUCAAAGCACGAAACCACUGGACUAGCUUUGGGAAGCCCUCAUUAAAGUCCAUAGACGAGGCAACUGCAAUGUGCACUAAGAAAUUUUCAUUACAGUACCCUUGUAUGAUUAAGGGCUGCGAGUCUGUUUUGAACGCAGAGAGAAAUAUAUUCAAACAUUACACUACUCAUGGUCUCACUGAGCGCUACAUUGAGGACCAGAGAAGUCAGUUCAUAUUUUGCAAGAAGAACUCGCGGUCAAGAAACAAAGAUGAUGGCACAUUGGACGCUGGCUCAACAGAGACCUCUGAGAGGGAAGAGACUGAUUCUGAGGGAUGUGAUAACAGCACUACAUCAGUCAUGGACCAGGGAAACAAUAACGUCAGUACCUCUGAAGCUAAGGAGUCGGCUGAUGAAGUCUCUGAAUCCGCGGCCUCAGCGGCGGUCAAACGAAAGAGGGGUCGUCCCCGGAAAUCAGAGCAAAAGACAAGUGAAAGAAAAGAAGAUCCUGAAAGGAAAUUAAGUCGGAGGAACUGCACUUCUGAGGGUGAUAACGUUAACGUUACAGAAGUUUCAGAAUCCACUACAGCUAACACUACGGUCCAUGUGGAGAAACAAGCUGAGAGUGGUGAGGAACUUAAAAUAUUAAACCCCAUGGGAUUUGAAAAAUCAUUCCUUAAAUUAAUAGAGGAAUCUUCCCCAUCCAUUAACACCUCUAAAAGAAAAACAAGCGAAAUCGAUUGGGCUGAAAUGCCGACAAAACGACAGAGAACACUUCAGCAGCAAACAGCCAAUAUUAUGAACAAAAGAUCUGAUGAGUUCAGAAAGUUGAGACAGGGCCAAAAUGUUGUUCAUUUUAGAAAUCCUCUAAAGCUGGAGUCAGUGAAAAAUGUGAAGAUAGUGAUGGACAAAACCUUCUCCAAUGGUGCUGAUCUAUUGUUAAAACAACUUCAGGACAUGCGGCCCAUGGUCAUUCUCAAAAAGUGGCUGUACAGUUGA